GGGCAUGGAAACACCAUAAAUAUUUUUGGUUCCUCUGUUCUCCUGUUCACGCAGCAUCCUCCCUCUGCCUGUGUGAUUGGCCAGCAACGGGUGGGGAUAACUUUCUAUCCACUUACAAAGUCGGAUAUGAAAUCACCACCGGUUUUGCUUCUCUUCCCACUUCAAAACUGUAAGAACGUCACAUGUUUGGAAGGCAAAUGGGUGCCUGGAGUCCUUGUCCUAGAUAUCAGGGGAGAGGUCGGAAGAGGGUCACUCCCCCCCCCCGACAUGGAAGUGUUUAAAGGAUUCUGACGUCAUCCCUCCACGUUUCUGGUCUCAUCUAUGGCGUCUCUCCCUCUGGGUCUGCAGCCCCUUUCUCGCGCCACGAGCGGCUGCUGCUGCUGCUUCAUGACUCCACCCCCUGGCCGGGCGCAGACUUUCCCCAGCAGCCCUCUCUGUUGCCCGUUUCCUGGCCUUAUAGCCCCAAGCCAGCUCUUCCCCCUCACUCAGGCCCUUGGCCAGCCAAUUCCUCUGAGCUGCGGCCUGUUGGGUGAAUUAGCCCCCGCCCAGGCUACAUUAACCUACGCACAUUGGCGGGGUGCAGACAAACCUUCGGACCUGUGUUAAUCCAGAGGUGCUGCUAGAAAGGACAAGGAGUGACUCCCGAUUAACAUGGGAUAAAUGAGAUCAGCAGCUGUCCCUGUGCGGAGAUGGUUUCAUUAGCUGCUCCCAGAGAGCUAAAGGAGGGAAGCUGCUCAAACGCUCUGUCCCUCUCUGCUCAGGAUAUUGGGGUUCGGCUUCUUGGGUCACACGCUGCAGCCUCCGUUGUGAUCUGGGAGACCCGGCUUAGCAGUUGCUGCUCCACCAGCAGGGGCUCUGCUAAGGAGAGCGAGGCCUUCACUAAAGUUCCCUCUGGGCCAGCUAAGGGGAGGACGUUCUCCAGCCCCGUUGCAACUAAAUUGUGAGCCAGAGAGACCUCCGGGAAGGUGCUGGGUCUGGGCACGAAAGUGACUCUGCUUCCUCAGCCCCUCGUCUCUCCUCUCAUUAGCGAUUGCAGGAGCCGAUCUGGCCACAGGAGAGCCACCAACUCCCAAAUGGGACUUUCCCAGCCAGAGGGGGAGAGACUGAAGGGGGGUGAUGGGAGAAAUAAGUGGGGGGAGCAGUUGGUCGGUCUCUGGCCUGCCCAGACACACUUCUUGCAGCAUCCCUGGGUGGAUUCACCUUCUGUGAACAAGGGGCCGGUGACCUUCGAGGAGGUGGCUGUGUAUUUCACCAGGGAAGAGGGGCCUCUGCUGGACCCCGUUCAGAGAGCCCUCUACAGAGUCGUCAUGCAGGAGAACUAUGAAAAUGUGACCUCGCUGGCAGGUGAUGGGAUGGUGAGUAAGAAUGAGGAGCAGAACCCUCAGCAGGAAGAUGCUGAGCACGUGGAAGCAUAUGGGGCGUUAUCGCAAAGAUCUGAAGGGAAUGUGUCCAUGAGUUGUGGGCAGGGAAAAGGUUGUGAGACUCAGCACAGGCCAGAAAGGGAGCAGGGAACUGAGCCAAGGGAGAAAGAGGGUAAUUGUCAGGGAAGUCACAAGGAAACCACAGCCCAGCAGAGCAUCCCCACAAGUGAGAGAGACCACACACGCCCUGAGUGGGGAGAAAACGUCGGUAGCCCUUCGGCUCUUCUUCGACACGAGAGAAUCUGCACCAGAGAGCCACCCCACCAAUGCGGUGAGUGCGGGAAAACCUUCCAUCGGAACGCGCACCUGAUUCGCCAUCAGAGAGUGCACACGGGAAACCGACCCUUUAAAUGCUUGGAAUGUGGGAAAAGCUUCAGCGUGAGCUCCAACCUGAUCGCCCACCAGACCAUCCACACGGGCAAUCGGCCCUUUUCGUGCUCCGAGUGUGGGAAGAGCUUCAACAGACGCUCAAACCUUAUUACGCACUGGAGAAUUCACAUGGGAAAGAAGCCUUUUACAUGCUCGGAAUGUGGGAAAAGCUUCACGGACAGCUCCAACCUUAUCAGGCACCAGAGAACCCACACGGGGGAGAGACCCUAUGAAUGCUGCGAGUGCGGGAAAAGCUUCACUGACAGCUCCGAUCUUAUCCGGCACCAGCGAACCCACACAGGGGAGCGACCCUAUGAAUGCUGCGAGUGCGGGAAAAGCUUCAGUCGGAGCUCCACCCUUAUUCGGCAUCAGAGGAUCCACACGGGAGAGACGCCCUAUAAGUGCUGCGAAUGCGGGAAAAGCUUCAGCGUGAGCUCAAACCUUAUUACACAUUGGCGAAUUCACACGGGGCAUCGGCCCUUUACCUGUUCCGACUGCGGGAAAAGUUUCACUGACAGUUCCAACCUUACUCAGCAUCAGAGAAUACACAUGGGAGAGAACCCCUAUAGAUGCGCCGAGUGCGGGAAAAGCUUCACUCAGAGCUCGGCCCUUAUUGCGCAUCAGAGGAUCCACACGGGAGAGCGCCCCUACGAAUGCUGCGAGUGUGGGAAAACCUUCAGUGUUAGCUCAGCCCUUGUCGCGCAUCAGAGACUCCACACGGGGGAGAGACCCUAUAAAUGCUCGGAGUGCGGGAAAAGCUUCAGUGUGAGCUCAACCCUCAUCAUACAUCAGAGAAUCCACACAGGGGAAAGGCCCUAUCGAUGCUCGGAGUGUGGGAAAAGCUUUAAUCAGAGCUCACACCUGGUUAGACACCAGAGUCUCCACAGGGGAGAUAAGCACCAUAAAAACCUUGUCUAAGGCUGUCCAAAAAAAAAAAAAGGUUUUUAAUACUUUUCUAAUUCCCACAUAGUGACCUUUAAGGCUCUUUGCGGUGUUUGCAUCACUGUGGUCCCGCAGCUCCCCCCAGAAGAGUAACACACUGUUGGAGUGAAUCCCUUGGUCCUUUCUAUCCGCUCCUUCAUCCUCAGUCAUGAGAAUGUAUGUCCCUCCUACCGGGAAUGUCCAUCAGCCCCAGGUAGGGGAGAUGGGAUGCCAUCAUCUUAUAGAAUCAUAGAAUAUUAGGAUUGGAAGAGAACUCAGGAGAAAUUGGAGAGGGUCCAGAGAAGAGCAACAAGAAUGAUUAAAGGUCUUGAGAACAUGACCUAUGAAGGAAGGCUGAAAAAU